AUGGUUCCCGUAUUACAGAUCAAUCCUACUAGACUAAUACAAUAUACGAAUAGGAGGCACAGGGGAAGAAGCACUACGCCGAGAAAUCAACAACACGAAAACUUUCUUCAAAAAGAUUCCUUUUCUUUCUUCUUCUUUGGGAUUGGGACUAAUUAAAAUGGUUGGAACAAUAAACAUCCAUCUCGUCCGUACUUUGGAUACCCGUAUAACCAUUGA